AUGACUGGUGUGAUCAAAGACUUUUUUCCAGCACAGAGUUCUUACCACCUAGCUGCGCCCUUCUUGUCUCUUCGAUCUACACUGACAUCGGUACACCUCACUACAACCGAUGCACUGGGAGACAAUGAAGGCGACGCUAUAGUUUUCCAAACGGGUAUGGUCGGAUAUGUCGAAUCGUUGACGGAUCCAAGUUAUGCUCAACAACUCCUCACGUUAACGUAUCCGAUGAUUGGCAACUACGGGGUGCCCAGCCAUGAACAUAUCGAUAAACAUGGACUACCUCUGCACUUCGAAAGUGACAGAAUCUGGCCAGCAGCUCUUAUCGUAGACAGGAUAUGUGCUGAAAAUGAGCAUAGUCAUUGGGAAGCGGUGGAAUCGCUGAGCAGCUGGCUGAGAUCAGCUGGAGUACCGGGUUUGGCUGGUAUUGAUAUUCGGAUGCUGACCAAGAAAAUUAGAGAGCAAGGAACGAUGAAGGCUAAGCUCAUAAUCGAGACCGAUGAUCCUUUCAAGUAUCAAUUUCGUGAUAUCUACGAACAAAAUCUGGUUUCAUUCGUUUCGAGAAAGAGUCCCGAAAUUUUUGGUGUCGGUGAUGUCACCAUUGUUGCUGUUGACUGUGGUAUGAAAAAUAAUCAAAUUCGAUGCUUGGUGGACCGUGGAGUACGAGUCAAAGUUGUACCAUGGGAUCAUCCUUUUGAAACAGAAGCGUUUGAUGGCCUCUUCAUUUCUAAUGGACCCGGUGAUCCAGAGAAAUGCUCUAUUCUGGUUGAUCGUCUCUCAGCUUUGUUGCAAACGACCAAUAAGCCCAUUUUUGGUAUCUGUCUGGGUCAUCAACUGCUAGCCCGAGCAGCUGGUGCGAAAACGUACAAGUUGAAGUACGGAAAUCGUGGCCAUAACCAACCAUGCACCCAUGCGGAUACCUGGAGAUGCUUCAUAACGUCGCAGAAUCACGGUUUUGCCGUAGAUGCUUCAUCGUUGCCACACGACUGGCGACCUCUGUUCACUAAUGAAAAUGAUACGACGAAUGAGGGUAUCGCGCAUAAACAAAAGCCCUGGUUUAGCGUACAGUUCCAUCCUGAACACACAGCUGGACCAACAGAUUGCGAGUUCCUUUUUGAUGUCUUCGUUGAUGCAGUAAACUCGGUGAAGAAGGAAAAGGAAUGCCUCGUCACUGAUAUGAUAACGGGUUCGAUCCGCUAUGGAUCUGAUUAUAUCGUGAAACAUCAGAGAAAGGUGUUGGUCUUGGGAUCCGGAGGUCUUACUAUAGGACAGGCUGGCGAGUUCGAUUACUCGGGAGCACAGGCUCUGAAAGCGCUGAAGGAGGAAGGCUUGAAGACUGUACUUAUCAAUCCAAAUGUCGCCACCGUACAGACUUCCAAGGGUUUUGCGGAUUUCACAUACUUCUUGCCUAUUACCAAGGAAUAUGUGGUCGAUGUGAUCAAAAAAGAACGACCUACAGGCAUUUUGUGCACAUUUGGAGGACAAACUGCUCUAAACUGUGCUAUCGAUCUAUAUAAAGACGGUGUUUUUGAGCAGUACAAUGUUCAGGUCCUUGGUACCCCUAUCCAGACGAUCAUGAAUACUGAAGAUCGUGAAAAAUUUAACGAAGAAGUCACGAGUAUAGGAGAGGAGGUGGCACCAAGUAGAGCUGCCACUACCCUUGAAGGAGCGAUUGAGGCUGCCGAAUUGCUUGGUUACCCUGUGCUGGUCAGAGCAGCAUUUGCUUUGGGUGGCCUCGGAUCAGGCUUUGCUGACAACCGUGCGGAGCUGGUAGCAAUUGCGCAACAAGCGCUGGCACACUCCGAUCAAGUUCUGGUUGAUAAAAGUCUGAAGGGAUGGAAAGAGAUCGAAUAUGAGGUCGUGCGUGACGCUUAUGACAACUGCGUUACGGUAUGUAACAUGGAGAAUGUGGAUCCGCUAGGCAUACAUACAGGAGAAUCAGUCGUGGUGGCUCCUUCACAAACCCUGUCUGAUAAAGAGUACAACAUGCUGCGAACCUGUGCCAUCAAAGUGAUUCGUCACCUGGGAAUCAUUGGAGAAUGCAAUAUACAGUACGCACUGGAUCCUUCAUCGCAUACUUACUAUAUCAUCGAAGUGAAUGCGAGGUUAUCGAGAUCAUCAGCGUUAGCCUCUAAAGCCACUGGAUAUCCGCUAGCGUAUGUGGCUGCAAAGUUGGCACUUGGUGCGAGAUUACCCAUGAUAAAGAAUAGUGUAACAGGAACGACUACAGCCUGUUUCGAACCCUCUCUCGACUAUUGUGUGGUGAAGAUUCCCCGCUGGGACUUGGGAAAGUUUGCAAGAGUGAGCCAACAGAUUGGCAGCUCGAUGAAGUCAGUUGGAGAAGUAAUGGGGAUCGGGCGUUCUUUUGAAGAGGCAUUCCAGAAAGCUCUCAGAAUGGUUAGCGAUCAUGCCGAUGGUUUUUCACCGUAUACGUUCCCAAGGCAACCCACGGAUGAGGAUCUCGAGAAACCUACGGAUAAGCGGAUGUUUGCAUUGGCCAGAGGAAUGUAUCAUGGCGACUUUGAUGUUGAAAAGGCUUAUAAGCUCACACACAUUGAUCGUUGGUUCCUGUAUAGAAUGAACAAUAUAGUUGAGAUUUACCAUAAAUUGGAAAAGGAAACGCUGUGCACUCUAUCAGCGCAAUUAUUACUUGAGGCCAAACAAGCUGGUUUUUCAGAUAGGCAGAUUGCGAAGAAAGUUGGCAGCACGGAGUACAUGGUACGUGAGCGUCGUCUACGCCUCAAGGUGACUCCAUGCGUGAAACAGAUUGAUACGGUAGCUGGAGAGUGGCCAGCACAGACUAAUUAUCUGUAUGUCACCUACAACGGCGUUGAGAAUGAUGUGGAAUUCAAUAUGAAAAAUGCUGUCAUCGUACUUGGUUCGGGAGUUUACCGUAUUGGAUCAUCUGUUGAAUUUGAUGCGUCUUGUGUUGGAUGUGUCAGAGAGCUGAAAGCUUUGGGAUACCAAACGAUUACCGUAAACUGCAACCCUGAGACCGUCUCGACAGACUACGACAUGUGUGAUCGCUUAUACUUCGAGGAGAUCUCAUUCGAAACAGUAAUCGAUAUCUAUCAUAUGGAGAGACCGAAAGGCGUUAUCUUGGCAUUCGGUGGUCAAGCUCCUAAUAACAUCGCGAUGAGCUUGAGCAAGGCGCAGGUCAACAUCUUUGGAACAUCUCCCAAUGACAUUGAUAGUGCUGAAGACCGCUUCAAAUUCAGCCGCAAACUAGAGAGCCUUCAAAUCACUCAACCCUUAUGGAAGAAGAGUGAUAAUAUUGAAGAUGCAAAGCUCUUCUGCGCUAAAGUCGGCUAUCCUUGCCUUAUUCGGCCAUCAUACGUUUUAUCCGGCGCUGCUAUGAAUGUGGCUCACAACGAAGACGAUCUAGCUGCAUUUUUGAAACAAGCUGCUGUGAUCGCAAAAGAGCAUCCUGUCGUGGUUUCGAAAUUUAUCAAUGAAGCCAAAGAGAUUGAUGUUGAUGCAGUGGCCAAAGAUGGCGAAGUGUUGGUGAUGGCUGUAUGUGAGCAUGUAGAGAAUGCUGGAACUCAUUCAGGAGAUGCCACACUUGUCACGCCUCCUCAGGAUUUGAAUCAAGUGACUCUGGACAGAAUCAAAGAUAUUACAUACCGUAUAGCAAUUGCGUUCAAUGUCAAUGGUCCCUUCAACAUGCAGCUCAUCGCUAAGGAUAAUGAGCUCAAAGUCAUCGAAUGCAAUCUACGAGUGUCACGUUCAUUCCCAUUUGUUUCGAAAACUCUCGACUUUGACUUUGUGGCAUUAGCUACACGAGCCAUGAUGUGCGUAGACAAUCCAGCUAUCGGCAGCUCGCUGAAGAAGCACGCGUUGUUACGAGGCAAAGGGCGAGUCGGUGUGAAGGCGCCACAGUUCUCCUUUUCUCGUCUUGCCGGUGCUGACGUGAUGUUAGGAGUGGAGAUGGCCUCGACUGGAGAGGUGGGAUGCUUCGGAAGUAAUCGUCAGGAAGCUUAUCUCAAAGCCCUACUGUCUACUGGUUUCACCGUGCCAAAGAGAAACAUAUUUUUAUCAAUAGGUGGAUAUCACGCCAAGUCUGAGAUGCUAAGAAGCGUUCAAAUUCUGCAGAAGCUAGGAUUUGACCUCUUUGGGUCUAAGGGGACAGCUGAUUACUUUCAGUCUAACGAUAUCAACAUAAAAGCUGUUGAUUGGCCAUUUGAAGAAGGAUCAAGUGAUGAGAAAACAGGAGCGGGAACAAGAUCGGUGGCUGAAUUCUUAGAUAACAAAGAGUUUCACCUAGUGAUCAACCUACCUAUUCGUGGAUCUGGUGCUUACCGUGUGUCAGCGUAUAGAACACAUGGUUACAAAACCAGAAGAAUGGCGAUAGAUAAUGGAAUACCUCUAAUUACCGAUAUCAAGUGUGCAAAGUUGUUCAUCGAAGCCCUGAGAACAGUUGGCCCGCUCCCUUCAGUGAAUUCACAGAUCGACUGUAUAGCCAGCAGAAGUUUGAAACGGUUGCCUGGGCUUGUCGACAUCCAUGUGCAUGUCAGAGAACCUGGAGCAACACAUAAGGAAGACUGGACUACAUGCACGAGAGCAGCUUUAGCUGGAGGAAUAACUCAAAUACUGGCCAUGCCCAACACGAAUCCUCCUCUUACCGAUUUGGAGACUUACCAAAUGACAGAGAAGCUAGCAGCAAAGCAAGCGGUCGUUGAUUAUGCGCUUUACGUUGGCGCCACCCCUCGGAAUGUUCGCGUAGCUGCGGAUAUGGCUAGUAUGGUAGCCGGUCUAAAGUUAUUCCUAAAUCAGACGUUCUCCACUCUGCAAAUGGAUUCUGUAUCAGACUGGGUCAAGCACUUCGAGUCAUUUCCAAGCUCCAGACCAAUUGUCUGUCAUGCCGAGAAACAAACUUUGGCAGCGGUGCUUUGUGUAGCUCAGAUGGCUGGACGCGCAGUGCAUAUCUGCCAUGUGUCGAAUGCUGAAGAGAUACAGCUGGUGAGAAAUGCGAAGAAAAAGGGUUGGCCAGUGACUUGUGAGGUUUGUCCACAUCAUUUGUUUCUAACCAGUGAGGAUCUACCUGAAGGCCUUAAAGAGGUUCGUCCGCGGUUAGCCACUGCUGCUGAUAGAAAGGCUUUGUGGGAUAACCUUGACUAUAUCGACUGUUUUGCCACUGAUCAUGCACCACACACCUGGGCAGAGAAAAGUGAGUCCGACAAGGUGCCACCCGGUUUCCCCGGUGUUGAGUUCUUGCUACCGCUGAUGUUAACCGCAGUCUCGCAGGGAAAGCUUACUUUGAGACAGCUUGUGGAUCGUCUUCACAACAACCCCAAGAAAAUCUUUGGUUUACCUGAUCAGGAAGAGACUUAUAUCGAGGUGGACAUGGAUGAAGAGUGGUUAAUUCCUGAUCAUGGAGGCCACAGCAAAUGUGGAUGGACGCCAUAUGCUGGCAUGAGAGUUCGUGGAAAAGUGCAGAAAGUGGUCAUAAGAGGCGAAGUGGCAUUUGUUGAUGGAGAGAUUAUUGUUGAGCCUGGGUUUGGUAAGAACAUGAGAAUCUUACAAGCUUCACCACUCCAAAAACUUGGAAAAGCUGGUUCUAGCAAUGAACUGGAUCUGGACACAAGUAUAAUGGGAGAGUUACAUGUAUCCACUGAAGAUACAAAGCCGGAUAGAAGCAUGAGCAGUGAUAGCACGCCAUCACCAGUGCCCAUGCUUUCUACCACCCCGGGGGCAGUAUCCCUUACGGGAAGCCAUUUGCUAAGUGUGCAUGAUUUGAGCAAAGCAACGAUUAAUCGCAUCUUUGACGUUGCGGAUCGUUUCCGAAGUGAUGUUGAGCGACGACAUUCGCUUACUCAUGUGCUAGAGGGUUAUGUGAUGGCUUCCAUGUUCUAUGAGGUAUCAACCAGGACUGCAAGUUCAUUCUCAGCUGCUAUGCAACGAUUAGGUGGAGCUGUAGUGCAUAUGGACAGUCACACGUCUUCAGUACAGAAGGGAGAAACUCUUGAAGAUUCUGUGACCAUAAUGUCGAACUAUGCCGAUAUCGUUGUACUGAGGCAUAACGAGACUGGCGCAGCUGCCAGAGCUGCCGCCAUCUCUUCCAAGCCAGUAAUCAACGCUGGAGAUGGAUCUGGAGAGCAUCCGACACAGGCUCUUCUGGAUGUGUACACAAUCCGACAAGAGAUCGGAACGUUGAAUGGAGUUACGAUAGCCAUGGUUGGAGAUUUGAAGAACGGUCGGACAGUGCAUUCCUUAGCGAAACUGCUAUGCGUCUACAAGGACAUCACUCUCCAUUAUGUCAGUCCCGUGCCAGAACUCAGAAUGCCAGAGUCAGUAAUUGACUAUGUUGAAAGGAAAGCUGGAUUCACUCAGAAAAUCUUCACCUCCUUACCUGAAGGCAUACAGAAUGUCGAUGUGAUCUAUGUGACAAGGAUACAAAAAGAACGGUUUGAGAGAGAGGAGGACUACAACAGAGUGAAAGGAAGUUAUAUACUGACGGCGAAACUGUUGAAUGCCGCAGCGCGACCGCAAGAGUUUGGUGGCAAUAUUCUAGGACCCAGCCGAAACUUGCCCAUAGUCCUACAUCCGCUUCCACGAGUUGAUGAGAUUAGCACCGAACUUGAUCGUGACGAUCGUGCUGCAUACUUCCGUCAAGCUAAAAACGGAAUGUUUGUUCGGAUGGCGAUCAUAGCCAUGUUGUUGGGAAAGGCGCCAUUUUGAGCCUGUCUUUGAGUUGUUUUUUUGUUCAUUUUUGCCGUUUUUUUAUUAUACUCGCAGAAUUUUUGAAAAAUAACAAAUAAUCUCAGAAUGUGCAUUAUGCCACUAAUUUCUGCCAUUUCUCUACUAAUUUGUUUGUAACUUUCAGUUGUUUUGUCAAGUUUGUUCUUUCACCCGUUGAUCAAGUUGUUCAAGUUGUUAAUUGUUAUCAUACAGUCUUGUAUAGUAUAAAUUGUUUCACUAA